GCCAAAAUCCAUCCAUCCGGUACAAACAAACAAACGUAAAGCAUUCCACUUACUUGUUCCUCUUUUUUGUUGUUGCCCAGACUCGACUGAUAUCGUCCCACAAUUUUGUGUUCCUUUGCCUCCACAAAAGGAUACCCUCUCCACUCACAAAUAUCGUGGCCGAAUAUCUUUCAACUCCCUCUCCUCUCCCAACACAUAAUCAAAAAGAUAAAGAUGAACUCUAUCAUGAUGAGCCACAACAGCAACGACUUGACGACGAACGAGAGCAACAACGACAUGUUCCUGAAUGACGAAAGCAUUCGUCUGGAUGCCUCCAUGGCAUCCCAGUUUGACCCCGAAGACGCAGAGACCACCGAGGAAUUGGUCCACUUGUACCGUCAAGUGUGGCAAAAGAAGGUUUCUCCUCUGUCUUAUCAAGAUGAUACAGCAGUGGAAAAGAGCUUUGUCCGACGCACUCGUGCCAACACGGAAGAUACCUUCACAGAUGAUGAAGAAGACGAUGACGACUGUGGCUUUGACGAAGAACAUGCCACUCCCGUGCCCUCCUCCAAGAAGAAGAAGAAGAGUCUAUGGGGAGAAUUGACCACCAGCAUGCCUUCCAGCUCACUGGACUUGUCCACUUCCAGUUUGGUUCACCAAUACCUCGAAGAACACAACAAGGAGAGUCAGUCCACGCUCUACAAGGCCAUGGCCUCCAAAAUCAUGAUUCCCACGGUCACAUACAUGGGACGCAAGCUUCAUGCCGAUGGUGCGGGCAGUGCUGCUUCUCCCCAAACUAGCCAAACUUCCACCACUCGUCUUUCUCUCCAGCACAAGCCAGAACCUCGUUCUUCCUUUGUGGCUCGCAUGGGUCUCUCGUGGAGCAGCAGCAGUUCCUGCUCUGUCAGCAGCACUACUACUACGGGCAGUCUGAUCAACGAGGAAGCCGAAGAAGAUGCCAAGGACUACCUCAGCAACCUCAGCGAUUCCGAUUUCUCGCAAUUAAAAGCCACACUGCGGGCACAAGGUGCUCUUACUGGCUUGUGCACCCAGCAACUCAUGUACACUACUGCCACCACUGCUGUCAAGACUCCAUCUCCCAAGCGACGACGACGAUCCUCCAGUCAGCACAAGUGGGGACAAUUGCCAUUUUGUCCGUCUUUGGUCUCCGCCACGGCCGAUUCUUCUGAUGACGACGAAGAAGACGACGACAUGCCAGAUCAUUUUGUCAUCAGUCAAGAACGUGAGGAUUGA